CUUCACAGUUUCUUCUUCCAAUACACCUAUGGUUAAAGAACGAGAGGCUAUGUACAACUGCAUUCAGCAUGCAGGGCUGGCAAUGUCCUUCUGGGGCCCUAGCCUUCUGGGGCCCUAUCCAUCUGGGGCCCUAUCCUUCUGGGGCCUUAUCCAUCUGGGGCCGUAUCCUUCUGGGGCCCUAGAUUCUGUUUUUCCCUCUCUAGAUUCUGUUUUCCACUCCCUAGAUUCUGUUUUUCCACUCCCUAGAUUCUGUUUUCCACUCCCUAGAUUCUGUUUUUCCCUCUCUAGAUUCUGUUUUUCCCUCUCUAAAUUCUGUUUUUUCCCUCUCUAGAUUCUGUAUUCCCCUCCCUAGAUUCUGUUUUUUCCCUCUCUAGAUUCUGGCUUGCUGUGACCUGUGUGUGAUUCAGGAAGUUUGAGACUCUAAAGGGGAAGCCAUCAAAUCAAAUGAUAUUGGUCACAUGCAUACUGUAUAUUUAGCAGAUGUUAUUGCAGGUGUAGUGAAAUACUUGUGUUCCUAGCACCAACAGUGCAGUAGUAUCUAACAAUUCACAACAAUACACACAAAACUAAAACCAAACGAAUAGAAUUAAGAAAGACACACUGUGCUUAUCUCUUCCUCAUCAAUAUGUUGUCUCCUCUUCUCCUGAACCUAUCUAUUCCUCAUCAAUAUGUUGUCUCCUGUUCUCCUGAACCUAUCUCUUCCUCAUCAAUAUGUUGAGUCUCCUCUUCGUCAUUAUAUAUCUCCACUGAGAUAUGGUCAGAUACAGUUUCAGUUUCUCCACCAGGCUCUCCCUCUAUCUCUUCCUGUCCUACAUCUUCCUCUUCCUCUCUCAGCACCGGUAACGUUCCAGGAGACAUGUCUGGCUUGGCUUCGUCAAAAUAGAGAGACUCAAAGUCUAACUCUCCUUCAGCGAAAGAUGGGAGUGAUGAGUCUGCAACAACAACAUCACAGACAGAAAAAUAUCAUAUGAGAUAGCGUCUGAGAAAUAUAUUAUUUCAGUCAGCACAAAGACUAAUACAUUAUAUUUAUUGGAUGUCUGCAGACUGAAGUCUAUUUUGGAUUGAUCCCUUAUAACAUAUUAUGCAAGAAUGGAGAUUGUUUAUAUGUUCACCAGUAAGUUAUAUGUAGGUAGGGCCUAGACAGUUGAUGCAUAUGUAGGUAGGGCCUAGACAGUUGAUGCAUAUGUAGGUAGGGCCUAGACAGUUGAUGCAUAUGUAGGUAGGGCCUAGACAGUUGAUGCAUAUGUAGGUAGGGCCUAGACAGUUGAUGCAUAUGUAGGUAGGGCCUAGACAGUUGAUGCAUAUGUAGGUAGGGCCUAGACAGUUGAUGCAUAUGUAGGUAGGGCCUAGACAGUUGAUGCAUAUGUAGGUAGGGCCUAGACAGUUGAUGCAUAUGUAGGUAGGGCCUAGACAGUUGAUGCAUAUGUAGGUAGGGCCUAGACAGUUGAUGCAUAUGUAGGUAGGGCCUAGACAGUUGAUGCAUAUGUAGGUAGGGCCUAGACAGUUGAUGCAUAUGUAGGUAGGGCCUAGACAGUUGAUGCAUAUGUAGGUAGGGCCUAGACAGUUGAUGCAUAUGUAGGUAGGGCCUAGACAGUUGAUGCAUAUGUAGGUAGGGCCUAGACAGUUGAUGCAUAUGUAGGUAGGGCCUAGACAGUUGAUGCAUAUGUAGGUAGGGCCUAGACAGUUGAUGCAUAUGUAGGUAGGGCCUAGACAGUUGAUGCAUAUGUAGGUAGGGCCUAGACAGUUGAUGCAUAUGUAGGUAGGACCUAGACAGUUGAUGCAUAUGUAGGUAGGGCCUAGACAGUUGAUGCAUAUGUAGGUAGGGCCUAGACAGUUGAUGCAUAUGUAGGUAGGACCUAGACAGUUGAUGCAUAUGUAGGUAGGGCCUAGACAGUUGAUGCAUAUGUAGGUAGGGCCUAGACAGUUGAUGCAUAUGUAGGUAGGGCCUAGACAGUUGAUGCAUAUGUAGGUAGGGCCUAGACAGUUGAUGCAUAUGUAGGUAGGGCCUAGACAGUUGAUGCAUAUGUAGGUAGGGCCUAGACAGUUGAUGCAUAUGUAGGUAGGGCCUAGACAGUUGAUGCAUAUGUAGGUAGGGCCUAGACAGUUGAUGCAUAUGUAGGUAGGGCCUAGACAGUUGAUGCAUAUGUAGGUAGGACCUAGACAGUUGAUGCAUAUGUAGGUAGGGCCUAGACAGUUGAUGCAUAUGUAGGUAGGGCCUAGACAGUUGAUGCAUAUGUAGGUAGGGCCUAGACAGUUGAUGCAUAUGUAGGUAGGGCCUAGACAGUUGAUGCAUAUGUAGGUAGGGCCUAGACAGUUGAUGCAUAUGUAGGUAGGGCCUAGACAGUUGAUGCACCUUCAUUUGCCAGAGACAGACAGAGACAGAUAGACAGGGUGGAAGUGGUAGCCUACAUCUCUAAGGGAAGGAGGUAGGGCUGGGGCUUGUGUUCUACAUCUGAAAGUAAAACCACAGCACGGCUGACAUGUUGAAUCUACGACUCAUCCCUCCCAUCUUUCCCUGAAGGAGAGUUAGACUUUGAGUCUGUGCAUUUUGACGAAGCAAAGCCAGACAUGUCUCUCGGAACAUUACCGGUGCUGAGAGAGGAAGAGGAAGAUGUAGGACAGGUAGAGGGAGAGCCUGGUGGAGAAACUGAAACUGUAUCUGACCAUAUCUCAGUGGAGAUAUAUGAUGACGAAGAGGAGACUCAACAUAUUGAUGAAGAAGAGAUGGGUUCAGGAGAAGAGGAGACUCAACAUAUUGAUGAGGAAGAGAUAGGUUCAGGAGAAGAGGAGACUCAACAUAUUGAUGAGGAAGAGAUAGGUUCAGGAGAAGAGGAGACUCAACAUAUUGAUGAGGAAGAGAUAGGUUCAGGAGAAGAGGAGACUCAACAUAUUGACGAGGAAGAGAUGGGUUCAGGACAUGAGGAUACUCAACCUAUUGAUGAGGAAGAGGCAGAGAUGAUGCACUCAGGAGAAGAAGAGGACACAGGAAUAAAGAACCUUGGCUCGCCAGGGGGUUGGUCUGUGGUUGUUCACUACGAUGAAGAAACCCGGGAUGGUGCACUCCAGGACAUAGAGAAGAUUGUAACCACAGGACAACCUUUUGCCGAACAAGACAGUGAAAACCGUGAAGUCAGAAACGUAGAGCAAGGUGCUUACGAGAACAGUGAUGUGAGGUGUUUUGUGGGUGAAGACGUCACCAUGGAGAUCACAGCAGAUAUAUGUGAAGAAGAGGAAAGACAGUCGGAUGAAGAAAACCAAGAGGAAUCAUCUGAUUCAGACCUGGAGGUCCUGACUAGCUCUAUCACCAAAAAACAGAGAAAAGAGGGAAAUAAAGUAGCGAACUUACUCUCCCAGCAGACUGUUCCUCAGGAGAAUGAAGAGGAAGACGAGCAAGAAGAAGAUGGAGCUCCAGAGGUUGUUUAUGAUUGGCCAGAUCCUGCAGCAACACAGAAUGUGCUAGCUCUUAUGGUCAACACCUUUGUGGAACAUCCGCUUCAGAAGAAAAUUAAGGAGUUCCAAUUGGACGACCACCAAGAGGCAGAUGAAAGAUUUGCAGAUUACCCCUCUGUCUGCUCUCCGUGUAAAUACAAAAAGGAUGGAGGAAAACUGUCUAGUCCCUUGGAGGGUAUCUGGAAUACAGAGGAGAAAGUAGACGUCAUGGAAGAGGUAACAGCCUCUAUCUCUCCACGCGUAGAAGGUGAGCAAGAUUUAGCAGAUUGUGCGAUGUUCAAUACCAAUAUUGACACUAGCAUGAGGAAGAGUAUUGGAUACCAUCUUGAACCUCAGAGUGACAGCAAUAGUUCCAGUGGCAGUUCUAGUGAGGAUGAGGAGGAACAACAGAAGUAUAAGGAAGAACACCAAGCUCUGCCAAGAUACCAGGGUCUUCCUCGGAGAGACCGGGGGUCUGAGGAUUCUCCUCUUCAAGUUCAGUGGGGAGGUGGAGAGGAGGACGGCUCCAAGCAGAGCGUUGCUGCCGACCUGCAUCUUUCAGAAACCAUCUCUGAUGUCCCCACUUUUACCCUUCACAGUGAGGCCAGACGCGGUAGAGCAGCUAUAACUAUCUCCAGAGGUACCGGCAACAUGUCACCAUCUGACUCUGAGGAAAGUUUGCCUGGAGCGUUGUGGACAUUGGAGGCUGAACAAAGAGAGGAUAAACGAGAGACUUGGCUUUGGGGUGAGGCUGGGCCAGUCGCUUUAGAAGAGGAACAUCUUUGCAAAGUUCAACUGGAACUAGCAGGAAGGUUGAAGAGCCACAUUCACACUGAUAUAAGCUGGGACACAGGGGAAAAUAAUGUGGAACGUGGUGGUUUAAUUCAAGAUUACCAAUAUGACGCGUCUGGAAUCACAGAGAGUGGAGAACUUGCAGACGAAGAGGAUGACGAAGAGGAUAAUAGGAGUUGGGAACAAGAGAAAGAGAGAAUCAAGGCAUUCUACAACUUUUAUAAUGAUGAAGAGGAAGAAGGGGAGAAUGCCACUGGAACAGAAUGUGAUUUUUCAGGGAGGAAGCCUAGAGUUCAGUUCCACAUGGAUCCCCUGCCUCAAGUCAUUGAAUACACAGACAGCAGUAGUGAUGUUGAUUUGGUCGACAACUUAUCUGAUGGAGACGAGGACCUGGAUUCUACAGAAAGGCUUGAAGAGCAGAGUGAGCCUGAGAGACAGAGAAUGAGUUUACCCGAGACUCGGGAGCCACAAGGAGAACUACAAGAUCUCAGCAAAAUGCCUCAGACCCACACCAAGAGAGACCAGUGUCUGAGGGUGCUAAAGUUACUGGUGAAGAUAACCCUGUUGACAGUGAUUGGACUUCUGACAUUUUGGUGGACAAGAUACCAACUGGACUUGGACUGGUGAUUUGGCUAAAAUUGUCUUGCCUAAUGACUGUACUGUAUUGUCAAUGUGUCUGAAUAUAAUUAGAACGUAAAAAGUAGCAGUAGUUAAGUUUUUAAAAAAGGCUUACUUGUAAGGCAAAUGCUAUCUCCUUAUAUACUGUAGUUGCUGUCACUUAUUUGUAUCAUGGCAUCAUCUAUAUCAUGUCUUUAUCUGUUUUGAGGAUAAUAAAGGGGUAUGUUUAUAGUCCCAUUCGACUUUAA